UCUUUUGUGCCCGCGUGCGCAAAUAGUACUUCACCAGAGCGAGCUAUAAGAAACAGAGACUGAGCAGGGGGGGAGACGGAGACAGAAACAGAGACCGAGCAGGGUCAACUCUCGAUUCGAGAGUGUUGAGAUGAAUCUCCCCUUCGGUUUCCUGAUUCUCAUUACCUUGUAAUCGCGCUCCGUCGUGCGCACGUCCGUUUGUAGAAACGAAUCUCGCCAGGAGGGACAGAGAAAUCCACGCUUCUUUUGGAGUUCGUGACUCGAAAACUCGCGUGCUGCGGAUAGGAAUAGGAUCGUCAUGCCUUUUGUUGAUCAGUUGUCUGGCCCGAUUUGCUUCAGAUUCCUCUUUUGGCACCGACAAACCAAGAGAUGUAGUAUAUGUCGUCCGGGUCUGAUCCGAUCGCAGGAGCUCGCGAGCAGCUCUACCUCUGUUCUUGCUCUGUGCAUGUGAGCUCACUCGUCUCUGGUCUCUUGAUCAGGUCAAGAAACGGAGCAAUUCAAGCUUCUCUGUGCGAUUUAGAUCAAAAGGGGGUUGUUCUGCUCAGGCUUGUCAUAACACCAAACAGUUUCUCACUUUGAUUUUGGAGGGUUGAUUGGGUCAGAGGGUUUUGGGUUUUACUUGAUACCCAAGUUUCUCAAAGAUCGCCACAAGAUCUUGUUUCCCUUUUGCCUUCUAUCUUUCCUAAACGUUUCAAUUGGAGAUCAUAUCUUUCCUUCCUUUAUAGUCCACCCACACACUAAAGAAGAAGAAGAAAAAGAAUGCCAGGCGUUGAUAGGCGAUUUUUUAGUUCUAACUUGAGAACUGAGAGAGUAGAGAAGAAAAAACCAGGCAGGGAAGACAGGAGGCUGAUUCCAAUGAGGAAAAUCCGCGUAAUGUACUGCGACCCCGACGUGACCGACUCCUCAAGCGAUGAAGACGACACGAAAUGUGGCGAUCGUAUCGUGUCAAGGAAGAAGAGCAUACAGGUCGUUAAGGAGAUUGUGAUUCCAUUGGUGAGACACGGAUGGUGCGAAGAGAUCUCUCCGUGCCUUGCCGACAAUCGUCAGAAGUGUGCUACUAGCGUUAAUGACGUUCUGAGCGAAUCGAGCGUGAGAGCUCGGGGGUCGUCUGCUUAUAAAGGGGUCCGGAGGAGGCCGUGGGGGAAAUUCGCAGCGGAAAUACGCGAUCCUACUCGGGGGGUCCGAGUGUGGCUCGGCACUUAUGGCACUGCAGAGGAGGCUGCUCUUGCCUACCAGAAGAAGAAGCUCGAGAUCGAUCAGAAGAUUGAAUCGAGGAGGAAGAAGGAGAAGGAGAGCUCGAUCUAUUAUGAUUCGAAGGGCGAACCGGAAGACAAUAGAAACGAUUUGUUUCGCCACCAAUCUCCAGCAUCAGUGCUUGAUGUCCACAAGUCUUCUUCACUUAGCAGUGCACAAGACGAGGUGGUUUUCACAGAACAAGACCGGCUCAUUCAUGCGUUUGUGGAUCAAGCAUCGUCGGGAUUAACCAGUCAAGAACUUGGUUUGGGAUGCGAGGGCAGCUUCAUGCUCGAUAACGAGUUUGGGAGUUUUUUCCACGGCGUGGAUCUCACGAGAGAUCUCUUUGAUGACCGCAAAGUGUACGAUCUACCCGACAUUGACCUCGAUUUAGGGAACGAUGAGCUUGCUUGGAUUGAUGAAGCAAUAGAUAUGGAGUGCAUAUAGCUGAGCGAAAUUAGUUUAAUCUAUGUGAGUAUUUUGAGUGUGUCUACUGUCUAGAAACAGGGGACUUGGUUUUUCUCUGCCAUAAAGCUGUCCAAGGUCUCCUGGUUCUAAUUUUUGCUGAGUAUGAGGAUAAUGAUGAUCAUGAACCACAUCAUUAUACUUCUCCAUUGACAAUAUAAAUGAUCAGAGACGGGACUAUAGAGAAGUCAAACUUUAUUCUGAUA